UGGUGCGCGUGUAGGGCCUUUAAACGUUGCCAACAGCAGUCCAUUAGUCACAGCUGGCCGUCUUGGUACUGUUUGCUGUGUAGGGAGGGAGGCUCGAGAUUGGUGAAGCUGGGAGCGUUGUGCCACGACCGCUGGCAGCCGAUGGAAGUCGUCAGUCGAUCACGCGGCUGAAGAAUAACAGGAAGAGAUGUCUGCGGUCUCAGAGUUGGAAACGGACGAAGACGAGGAGUUUGAAAGCGAGGACGAGGCGUCGCCCUGCGAACGCUGCUGCCUGCCACCUAACUACUUCCACCACGUGUCGGCGGGCCUGGGGUGGGAGCCUCAGCUCAUUACGUGCCCCAGCUGCCGCUCCGUCAUCACCACAAGGAUGCACCGCACCACCACCAAACGCACAUGGGUCAUCGCCGCCGCGCUCCUGCCUAUCGGGUGCUGCUGGCUGCCGUUCUACUGCGGCUGGUACUGCAUGCUGCGCCACUACUGCCCCCUGUGCGCCACCAUGAUCGGCUUCGCGCCGCGCACCCGCGCCGGCUACCGCAAGGACUCCUGAUGGCCCUCGAGACGCCGCGUUGUCCGGUCCGCCUCUGCCUACUCUUCCUGCGCUCCGCCGUCGAGCUCCCCAGACACACGCAUCGACCCACGCAACGUCAAAUUUUCUACCUUUUUUGUGUACUGUUACGUAGCGUAUCACGAUUAAAAAAGCAUCGGUUCUAUCUGCAGCUUCUACCAUAUUAAGUGAAAUGUAAAUUGUUGAAGAAUCUUUGGUCAUUACAU